AUGGGCCAAGAUGAGAUGGCUGGAAUCCAGCUGGCAUCUGUCGAAUCGCGGGAUCGAGCUUCUCAUCCCAGAUCGCCUGUGUACUCAAGCGAGUCGCCCCCGGAAGAGGCUUCAUCUAUCCAGAAACAGACACGAACCCGAAGGCUAUUCAACGAAAAGCAACUUUUCGCCUUCUCUCUGGUCUACAUGGGCACAUGGAGCGCCGUUCCCGCAAACAUGUAUUACUCGAUGUAUAAUGGCGGGCCUUCAGCCUGGUUCAUCAGCUACAUUGUGGUCGUGAUCGGGGCGCUAUUCCAGUGUGCCACGUUUGGCGAGAUUGCAUCCAUACAACCCAUCGCUGGUGCACAGUACUUCUGGACAUAUCACUUCGCGCCGCGUCCCACGAAGCGGUUUCUGACCUGGCUUCAGGGGUGGGUAACGUGGACCGCAUACGUUGCCACAUUCGCUAGUUCGCUCAACUUCGGCACUGCCAUUCUCGAGGGCCUAAUUUCGCUGAAUUAUCCUGGUUACGAGGUAGUCGGCUGGCGAACGACUCUCAUCAGUCUCGCUUCCCUGAUGGUGAUUGCACUAGUCAAUCUCUAUGCAUUUCGGAUAGUGCCCUGGUUCGAGCUACUAUCAGGCAUCGUCAACAUAUGCAUAUUCCUAGUCUUUAUUAUCGUUUUCCUUGUUAUGGCCCCUAAAAAUAGCGGUGACAUCAUCACAACCUCUAAUGUAUCCUCUGGCUGGGACAACUACUAUGUUGCCUCACAAGUGGGGGCGCUGUCAAACAUAUGGCUGUUCACUGGAUUUGAGGCCGUUAUCCACAUGGGCGAAGAGACGAAGCACGCUAAAAAGAUUGUCCCAAGGUCGUUGUUUUGGUCAAUUGCUACAAAUGCCGGUCUCGGAUUUGUGAUGCUUAUUGUGACCCUGUUUUGCAUGCCGCCAGUCGACGUCAUUCUGGAUGCUGCCAGCCCUAUCGUCGCAAUCCUUCUCUACGUAACCAAAUCAACACAGGCAACGACGGCUUUGGCCACUUUUCAGUGGUUCCUGAGCUUCUCUGCAACCAUGGGCAAUGCUGCCUCCGUAUCACGCCUUACGUGGGCUUGGGGACGUGAUGGCGCCUUGCCACGGUAUUUCGGACACGUGGACGGGAAGUAUCGCAUUCCAUUCAGGGCAGUGCUACUGACCUGUUUCAUCGUUGCGCUACUUACCCUCCUGAAUAUUGGUAGCGAAACCUACAUCGCCCUGGGUGCCAUCACGUCACUGUCCUCUAUGGCCAUGUACCUCAGUUACGCUAUGCUUCUCGCCGUAGUCUUGUACGCUCGGCUGACUAGUUCGAUCAAAUUUGGACCCUGGAACUGGGGGCGGUAUGGGACAUUCAUCAAUAUCGUUGCACUGGUCUAUAGUGUUUACGCCCUCAUUUGGCUUCCAUUUCCGCAAACGCUGCCUGUGGAUGGGGCCAACAUGAAUUACUCCGGCCCAGUCCUUGGAGCUGUUUUGGUCUUUGCGAUCUCGCUGUGGUUCAUUCGGAUGAACAUCUGGCAAGGGCCAAAUAGAGCCAUAGUUGAUCUUGUGCUCCGUACCGGCGAUUGA